GUUAACGAGUUACCAAUUUAUAAUUAAUAUACCUUUAUUAUAGGUACGAGUAUUAUACUUUUUAAAACUUGACUAUGGAUGAUUUUUUGCAACUAGUUACUUCGGAUUUUGAACUUAUAGCGAUUAGCACUGGGUUUCGAUUUAAUCAAUACAUUGGAUCUGUGGAUUGGGAAUAUUUGGAAGAAUUCAAUGUUAAUGAUGUGGUUGAAAAAGCUGAUGUAAAGAGUCUGUCAAUGCUUGUAGCCAGUGUUCUUAGUUAUAAUAUUGAGAAAAUGAGUGCAUCUAAGAAAAUAUUCCGUCUUUCACAAUUGAUCAUAGAUUUUUUAUUGCAUUAUAAAAAGCAUUCAAUUUUUAAGUUCAAUGACAAAGUAGAUUCAAUGGCACUUUGUGAGUUGUGUGGAAAGAUGUUUAUAGAUGUGUCUUAUUUAAAAUAUCAUUGUUUCCGUCGACAUAAGCUUAACUCUUGCACUUUUACAAGUUUGCCCGAAAAUGAGCAUKUUGAUAGUUUAAAAUCAGAAAUCUUUCAACUUCAAACUCAAUUAAAAGAAAUUACUUCAAGUUUUGAGGAUAAAUUAAAAAAUUCUAAAAUGUACAUGGAUGAACAUGAUAUAGAUAACUGUAAUUCUGUUCAUAAAAAUAAAUUAUUAUAUCACUUAAUUUCUCAACCAGGUGAUAACCCUAUGCAGAUACAAGAAAUGUAUUGGAAACAAAAAUAUGAAAGCUUAGAAGAAAAUUAUAAUACUCUUAAAAAUGAAUAUGAAAAAAAUCAAAAUUCUUCUAAAUCUGAAACUAAGUUACUUGGUAAUUAG